GCGAUAAUCAUGGACUCGUAGAGAUAGAAGUUGAUCCUGUAGACAGAGAGCAACCGUCGUAAUAGAAAAGAUGUAGCACCAUUAAAUUAUAGAUACAACAACUUCUAAUAUUAAGGCUGUACCUAAUACAUCUUUCGACGCAUCUUCCUUGAAACGUAUGGGGCGGGAGUAUCAGGAACAGUGUUCUUGUUCGAAGAAGAUCCAGAUACUCUUACUCAACAAGUUCUUGUCCCUGCUCCAGCUCCACUAGUGCGCGGCAGAAGGAGAUUGGUUGGGAAAAUGCUAUCAAAAAACUCCAAGAACUCAAAUUAAGGCAGAUGGCAGUGCAUAUCAUGCAAGAAGUAGAAGAUGCAGUUGUAUAUUAUAACUGGUGAGUAGCUAGAAGCACAGGCUCUUUAGAAAAGAACUGAGAUGUUGAAUUUUCAUCUUUUCUAGAUGUUAUAAGCAUAAAAAUCAUCCUUCGCGAACUAGCACUACUUCGUCCUCCAAGCUACCUCAUCAGCUUAACUAUCUCCUUGCUCUAUGACUAUCUCUAGUCCUUUUCUCCUGUCUGUCCUAGUAGUCCCCGAAUUGAUGUUCAUAUCCUCGAUGUCCAGGGAGUAGUUUCUGAGGAGCAGCUACAGCAGGCAGAAGAAGAAGUGGAAGAAGAUGGGUCGCAAACUUCAACAUCGAGUACAGGACCACCAAGCAGCGACCAAGAGCGGGUUCAUCCUACGCUGGGUCCUCCUGUUAUGUUAGCGGACGAUAGUUCAUUCACAAUUCAAUGCAACACACCUUUUUUUUGUAGUGCGAGCCAGCGUAGGCUAUUCAGUCCUUCGUACUAGAAUACAUAGGAAAUGUUGAUUUUUGAAUUUGAUAGUGAUCCUAGCUUGAAAUCGUUUCUUGAAUUCUAAGGCCAAUGAGAUUGAUAGUGAUACUAGCGUGAAGUGGAACUCCAGCACCACCAGUUUCAUCUAGUGUUCUACCCAUAUUAAGCUUCCUCAACUUGGUCAAUUAUAUCAUGAUUAUUGCCUCAUACAUCUGAUAUUUCUAAUAUCCUCGUCAACACAAGCGGUAGCGGUGCCUCGUCUUCCUCCGGCGCCGCAGGAGAAGAUGACGAUAUAUUUCUUCAACCUAGAAGUACUCCGGGAGUUCAUCCACGUCCUCCACUAUCCAUCUCCAAGUCUUCACCUAGCAGGGAGAAACCAUGGUCACCUGGCGUUGUAGCGGGACAGAACCUAAAUCCGCAAUUCAAGAACAUAUUAGACCGGAUUCAACAAGACGAUGAUGAACCGAUUUACGUUCCAACUCCCAUGUCACCACAAGAGGACUGCUCGGUUGUUUCCUCGGGAGGUGUCGAAGUUGAUGACGGCGGGCUGCGACAGGAAGGUCCUCCUCCAGAAGUAGAAGAUGAUACGACCACGACAGGAGCUGUUCUUCCUGUUCCUGCAGCAUCCUCGAUGGGUAAUCCCAGUAAUCGAGGAAAGCAUCUUGUUCAAGAGCGUGUAUCUCAUUCCCGCUUUCCUCACUCUGCCGAAGAUGACGAAAAUUCAGUGCCCACAUUGCCUCCACCACAGUCUUGUACUUAAGGCGCUAUGUGAAGACAAGAAUACCACGUCUGAUGUCUGAGGACUGUGUCCUGAUACAUAGAAUUCUUUUUGACUGUCGAUUGAUUUUGAUUUAGCUGAAAAGAAAAAACGCACGAAACAAUCUCCCUACGGGAAGGAUCAUCUCUAAUGUAUCGAAACACAUCGCCGCUUGAUUCUGGCGUCACCAGACAACAAUACGCUAGAUGAAACCGUCACGCGCAUAGUAGAACCGGUCUCACCACCACCACGGGAACCACCCACAACGAAAAUUGCAGAUGCAGUGGGAACUACGGUCGUGGAAAAUGACGCAUGCAGCAUUUACCCGGAUGCAGGUGGAACAAGUAGUGACACUCCCGCUGCUUCAGCCUCUUCUAGCUCGUUGGCUGGUAUUUCUACUACAACCAAUACCAAUUCUCCUGGAAAUAACAACCUGCACAACCUCCAGGAGAAAGGAGGACAUGAAGAAGUUGGGGUAGUUAAGGUGAACACAAAAAACGCGGCCGCUUCUAGCGCAUCAUGCACAACUGCACUCACUCCUGGAGGUGGGAAUACCACAGUCUCGUCUGCGACCACACCAGGCGGCGCACUCGACAGACGCACACUCGAUCGAAGAAGUGCACAGUUGCUCCGUUACACGCAAACACUAGGGAGCAAAACAGCUCUCUCGUCUGUUUUAACAGCCUCCGCCACGUCGCCGCAAUCAGCAAGGGUUCCGGAGAACGAUGUUCAGAAAAGUGGAAAAAAUACUAGAGGUGAUCAUAGUACAGGAGUGGGAGUGACGUCACAACAACAGGUACUGUAAUUCAGGUACCUAUUUUUGAACCCCUCCUCCUCGAUGGAUAUUAAACAUAGAUUCUGGAAUAAUCUAAAAAGUAUGUGAAGAUUAUUUGCUAUGUAUAAUUGAUGCUAAAAAUGAUCGAACUUCUUCUACAUUUCGCGUUUUUAAAACAAUUCAGCGAAGCGUCACUCCUUCACGUUUCGGUGCUCCCGUGCGUGCUACUCGACGUGUCGUUGUCCCCCUCUCCGCACGUGGAUCGGCGGAGCCCACGGAACGAAGGACUACAUCACCAAGCAGAGCAAGAGCAACUAGCAAAAAUUUUACAAGUACAUCAACAACCGGAACAACUGGAACCAGCAGCGCAACUGCAUCAAGGGCGUACUCACCUCCCCGCAUCCAGUCAGCUAGGUCGCGAAGUGCAAAAGCAGGAACAGGGCGAAUUCCAAUUGCUCCUCGCACAUCUUCACCCCCAGUGUCUGCGAGACGUAGUCAAACACCGAGAUGCAGUCAAGUCACUCGACGAAACAGCGCAGGGGAGCAACACGUCGCUGUGCCUGCUAGUAUAGCUUCAUCUGGAGCGGGAGGCGGUGAUCAGUUUAUGGUUAUUUAAUGACUUUCCCUUUUGAUUACUUGUUUGGAUUCUUUUUGAUGCUGAUCUCCGAUGAAGAAGUAGAUGAUACUCAUCUACAUGGUUGCGCUUGCGCUACUACCAGUUUCAUUGUUAACACCAUUCAACAUCAUCAGCGUUGGUUUGUAAGUUUUCGCCGAUAAAUAUGAUUUUUGAAUUAUUCCUCUAACGUUGUCCACGGAGGUUUCAUGAAUCAUGUGUUUUGAAUUAUUCCUCUAACGUUCUCCACGGAGGUUUCAUGAAUCAUGUGAUGA